AUGUUGUUGCGAGAAUCAAAGUCAACUUCCGAAGAGCUAAAAGUUCACUCUGGAAUGUUGGAGACAGAAGGCUUUGAACGUUUUGCUUUUAGUCAUGUGGCUAACACCAGUCCCAGUGUAUUGGAACUAUCAGAGUUGUUGGAGAAACAGAAUCAGGUAUUAUCAGCAUUGCUUGCUGAAUUAGAGACCUGUAAAUCGGAAGUGCUUAUCCUUCGAAACAAAAGCUCCCAACAAAUCAGCGAUAAGAAGCGAACACAUGCAGAAAACUCUUUCAAAGAAGUUUCGAAGAUUGGAGAAAUCUUACCUGAUGGAAGUGAAAAGUCGCCAAUAUUAGAAGGUUUUUUGGAGAAGAUGGAAGUGAUACUCCUCAAAGCGGAAAAUUUAUCCCACGAAUUGGACGUUAAAAAGACAGAAUUAUCCAAUGCAGUUGAAAUGCAUUCAUUAACACAGGCGCAAAUUGAUCAUUUAAAUAAAUCUAUGGAAAAAGAACGUGAAACAAUGAUUAAUGAAUUUUCGAAGCUAAACGAUUUUUUGGUUGAUAAAACGCGAGAAUGUGAUAAUCUGAAUGUAGAAAAUAGCAUGGUAAAGGCACAAUUGAGAAUGCUUAAAGAUUCGGUUGCUGCCAAAGAAAAACUUGUAAGCGAUCUUACGAAAGCUACUGCAAAAGAGUUGGCAAAACGAGAGGAAGAAGAUAAAGUUCUUGCAACAAGAUUAUCCGUUUUAGCCGAUGAAAACAUGACAUUACGCACUUCGCUUCUUACUUUGGGUGCAAAUGAAUUGUCACCACAAUCGAAAAAGCUUCUGAAGCAACAACAGGAUUUUAUCGAGACGUUGAAAUCUGAAUGUGAAAUUCUGAUGAAUCGUUUGAUGAGAGAACGAGAUGAACACAGGAAGGAGCGCAGAAAACUGAGACGUCAAAUACGUACUCUCAAUGCACGCCUUGAAUGCCUUAUAUCUGGAAAACAAGAAAUAACCGAUGUGUAA